UUACGAUCUGCACAAUGUUUCACAUGCUUUUUCUGCUUCUGGAUCUAAUUGCUUUGGUCUGCCACUGGGAACUUGGGACUUGCAGGAGUUAUCUUCUAGAACUGUCAUUCUCAGGAUUUUCCUUGCAAUAAUUAGGGUUCUAUUGCCAAUUAUGGAGCGAAUGGUAGUCACUAGUGGGUUCUAAGGUUAUUAUGGAAAUUUUAUAUGCUCCCUCUCCAUUAUGAUAACCAUAUGACACUUUGAAGAAUGCAAGAGUUGGUCAACUAUGGCCAUCAGCUUAUUACCUUGUUGUGGCAUUCAUGUGUCCUUUUUGUUGUGCUUUGGUAUUAUAUUAAAUUACCAUAGGGACCUCUUCCCAUUUCAAAAUUGGCUAUCAAGUUUUGUUAGAUUCAUUGCGUAAGAAUUGAACUUCUUGUGUGCUAGUGUCUUCUUUUUCAAAGAGUGUAGAUACUAAUGCUUUUGUGCUGAAUGGUCUAUUUUGUUUUUACUUUUGAUGUGGGUAUUUGGAGAACAAGGACUGCAGCAUAAGCAAGAUGAGUUAAAAGUUGCUGACUUACUAUCUUUUGUUGAGUCGCUCUUUCAUUUUUCCUUUAGGUGCAUUCACCAACCAAAACCAAGAGGCAUAUCAGUGAUUCAUAGUUAUACAAAAUGAAAAUGUAGAUGUAGAUAAUUAAUCAAAAAAUCAAAGCUCUAGAAAAAGCAAUUAUUUAUGUACAUGGAUCUUUUUUUUAGUCUGUUCCUUUUUUAAGGGGUGGGAAGGAAGGACUCUUAUGUUACUUUAUCAUUAACAGUCAUGUCUCUCUCUCUAACUCACUCAAACACAUUAUGAAAUGCAUGUGUAUGUAUCUUUUGGCAAGAUGCUUUUUUCAGUAUGUGGUAAUUUUUUGGUUCACUUUUUUUGUUUAAAAUAUUUUCUCAUCUUAGUGGUUAGUCUAAGCAUUUGUCAAGUAAUUUAAGUCCUCACUUGUUUUUGAACAAUAAUAGGCACUUCUUCAUUCUUCAUACUUAUUGUUCUGGAGGGGCACACGCUAGACCCUAUAUAUCUUUUAGGAGCCAAGGUAACAUAAGAGUUAAGAGGAGAAUGAGGUCCCCCUUUUGUCGCUGCAUGAAAAAAUGCACAAACUAAAGCUAAGAAUGGGAGCUUGCUUGGGCCCAUUCAACCUAUAAAGCACAAGUGUAACAAAUUUAUUUUAUCUCACUCACCUUCACCCACUGUCAAGACACACAACCGAGUUAUUCUUGCAAUUUUCUACUUUUAAAUAGGACUGCUCACCUCUUACCCGCCAACUUCAAACCCAUUGGAAUACUUGUCUUGCCCAUUUUGCUUCUGGCUUCCCUUCCUGUCUGUUUUUUCGGCCUACGUCUCAGGUCUCCACUCAAAACCAACAUGGUUUUGUUGAUUGUUUUAUCAGCCUUUACUUCGAAUAGCAAGCAAUUCUUGUGUGUUGAAAAGUAGUAGGUGCAAGGAGGGUAUAAGUACAUGGGGAGUGGCGGCAGGGUUUUGAGGGCUCUCUUUGGAGCAGUUGUGUUCAUGGGAGUUAUUUGUUUUUUAUCUGUUGGUAUUUUGGCAAACCAGGUGACAAAAUUGACAGCAAGAAGUACAGUUCUAUCAACUGGAAGUUUCGAGCAUUGGAGAAUGAUUGGAAGAGGAAGGCAUCAUAUUCAUCAAAACUUGGAUCUCAAUUAUGUUAGUAAGAGAAGAGUGCCCAACGGACCUGAUCCCAUUCACAACAGGCGAGCAUCCCAGUCAAGGCAACCACCAGGCCGAUCCUGAAUUACUCUGGGACUGAGAUCAUAUAAACUCUUUGUGGACAAUAAUAGAAACAGAAGAGCAUCUUUUGAUGUUCACGCUGCUACGUCAACCAGGUUUAGACUCUUGGCAGAAAUGUGAUCUUCCAGCUAAAAUGUUGGCUAGAGGUUGAGCGAGUCUUGAGUGCACAUAUACUUCUAUGAUAUGAUUCGAGUUUUAUUUCCUGCGAUUUGCUUAA